GUCGGUCGGUUGUUGCUGUGAUGCCCAUGCAGCUAAAAUCUGCUCGCAGUUGUCUCUUGUCGCCCGCCAAACUCUUUUUUUUUUCUGCCUCCGGCAAACCAACCAACCGCUUCCCACCAACCAACUACAAACCUUCGUCACCAGCCGGCCCAACCCCCGUUUAAUAUGAAAUAUCCAGCACCCUUGAUACUUCUGGUUUGAGCUGGUUUGAUCCAUGAGUUUGCUUAGUCGCUAUCCAUCCCCUCAGCCUGGCUGACCUGAUCCAGCGUGUACAUUGGUGCUCUACGCCCCUACCUACCAGAUCCCUCACUCCACCUCUAACAUCCCACUAUGGCAACCAAAGGAAACGGCGCGGGGCAGGCCUUUGCGCCUGUCCUGGCAGCUGUUGCUACGAUGCAAGGCAAUGUCCCUCGAUCGGAAAAGACACAUGCGCAUGAGUUCCUUGAGAAAUUCCAAAAAUCCGUUGAAGCUUGGACGACUACGCAUGCCCUAUUACAGUCCCCAGAGAUGCCCGUUGAAGCAAAGCUGUUCGCGGCGACCACACUAAAAGGAAAAAUCACUUAUGACCUAGAUCAACUACCGGCAGAGUCCGUUCCGGCUCUGAGAGACUCCAUUCUCUCCCUCCUGGCGGCUUAUAGCUCGGGACCAAAACCUAUAAGGACCCAGCUGUGCGUUUGUUUAGCCAGCUUGGCUAUCCAGAUGACGGCGUGGAAGGAUGUCCUCGCAACCGUGGGCUCAGCUCUGGGAAAUGAGGCGGGAGAUUCUGUUUUAGAAUUCCUCAAAAUUCUCCCCGAGGAGGUCACAGAAGGACGCAAAAUCAACCUGACUGAAGAGGAACUUUCCACAAGGACGGCGGAACUAUUGGAGAACAACGCGGAUCGAGUUUUAAGUCUCCUGGUGCAAUAUGCGCAGUCGUCCGAGUCUGCCGCAACAAACCCACAACUACUGGAGUGCAUUACCUCAUGGAUGCGUGAAAUUCCAUCUUCGCAAAUCGUCGUCUCUCCCCUUCUGGACACAAUUUUCAAAGGCCUUUCUAAUGACCGGUCUUUCGAAGCUGCUGUGGAUGCGAUAUGUACAAUCUAUAGGGACACGCUCGAGGUUGACGAGGCAAUGCCUAUCAUCCAAAAGCUGUAUCCAAGGAUAAUUGCGUUGAGGCCCAAAAUUAGGGAGGCCGCGGAGGCAGAGGACCAUGAAACGCUCAGAGGAUUAACCAGGCUAUUUGCCGAAGCUGGUGAAGCAUGGGUGGUCCUGAUUGCCCGUUUGCCCAUCGAGUUUAGAAGUCUAGUCGAAGCAGUUCUAGAAUGCUGUGCUGUCGACAAGGAGCGGGAAUCUAUUUCCAUCACCUUUGCCUUUUGGUACGAGCUUAAGCAAUACUUAACGCUUGAACGAUACAUGGGAGCGAGAACAGAGCUUGCGGAUCUAUUCUCGAAGCUGGUUGAUAUCAUGAUCAAACAUCUGGAAUUCCCCUCACCAGACGACGACCAGGCCGACCUAUUCGAUGGAGAUCGCGAGCAGGAAGAAAGAUUCCGCGAGUUCCGCCACGCUAUGGGCGAUGUUCUUAAAGAUUGCUGUGCUGUUAUCGGCGUUACGGAAUGCCUCGGGAAAUCAUAUAGCUUGAUCCAAGCCUGGGUCGCUAAAUAUGCGUCGCAAGCUACACAUGAUCAUGUACCACAUUGGCAAGAGCUAGAGGCGCCGCUCUUCAGUAUGAGGGCGAUGGGGCGGAUGGUCGAGCCUGAAGAGAGCUCAGUAUUACCGCAAAUCAUCCCUCUCAUCGUCCAAAUACCCGAUCAAGAGAAAGUGCGGUUCCAGGCCAUCAUGGCCCUUGGUCGGUAUACAGAAUGGACCGCUCAACACCCCGAAACCCUCGAAGCCCAAUUAAACUAUGUUAUUUCCGGUUUCCAACACAAAUCUCAGGAGGUCGUUCAGGCGGCCGCCCUCGCAUUCAAGUUCCUUGGCACCGAUUGUCAGAAACUGCUUGGCGGUCACAUCCCCCAGUUACAUUCCUUCUAUGAAUCAGUCAUCGACAACCUAAAGCCGUCGAGCCAGGAAGAAGUUACGGAGGGUGUAGCUGCAGUAGUUGCUGUUCAGCCAGUUGACAAAAUAUAUGAAACUCUAAAAUUAUUCUGUGAUCCGAUUAUGAAUAGAAUCAUGAAUCUCGCCAACCAGGCUAAGGAUGAUGCUGGCCAGAAGGCGGUUGCCGAUCAUCUCCAGCUGAUCACCAUAUUCAUCCAAAUUGUUUCUCCCUAUGUCGGACCUGGAACUCAGAAUCCCGGCGUCAGAUACUGCGAGGAGAUCCUUCCUGUUUUAAAUACCAUCGUGUUGAAUUUUACAAAGUCCGUUCCCAUACUGGAGCGAGUAUGCCGAUGCUGGCGCCAUAUGAUCAUAUCCUACCGAAACGCCAUGACACCUCUCCUACCAAGUUUGGCGCAGAGCAUCUCUGCAGGCUUUGAAGCAUCCAAAGAAGGUUGCUUCCUGUGGGCUACGGAUGCAGUCAUUCGAGAAUUCUCCGACGGAGCUGAGUAUGUCGAACAAGCGACAAGUGACGCCGUAUAUCAAUUCUUCGAGCAACAAGUUGUGCACUUCCUCAGAAUUCUGAAUGACCUGCCUCCGAAUCACGUCCCCGAUGUGAUUGAAGAUUUCUUCCGCCUCCUGACCGACGCAGUCCGCUAUUAUCCCAAAAAAUCCCUAACCUCCCCGCUAGCAGCACCCAUUUUCUCCGCGUCGCUGAGCGCACUCACACUUCAGCAAGUAGAUCCAUUAACAGCAGUUCUUCACUACUGUCGGGACGUCCUCAGCUUCGGCACAGACAAGCCAUCGGUAUCUGAAUUCACAGGACCGGAUGGCGAGCCAUUCACGAACACACCCGAAGUGCAAGCCGCCGUGAAACAAUUGGUAACGUCACAGGGUGCGAUUCUCGUCCAGAGAGUGUUGACGGGGAUGAUGUUCAGUUUCCCCGGAGACUGUUUCCCCGAUGCCUCGGGGGUUCUGAUGUCGCUAUUUGAACUGAUGCCCCAAGAGACGGCGAGGUGGGUAGAAGCGACCGUGCACAUGCUCCCCGCUAGGACGCUGAAGCCCGGCGAAAGCGAAAGGCUUAUGAAGACGUUGUCUGAGAAGAUUCAUCAGGGUGAUAUUCGGAAGACAAGGGUUGUUCUGCAAGACUUCACAAAUUCGUAUCGAAGGAGAAAUGUAGCCCCCCGGGAAGGUCUGGGGAGGCUAGAAGCGACCCGCUUCAAAUUCAGCGGCUAGUUCCUUUUUAUGAUUGUCAUUUAUUUUCUUCAAUCUAUCUACCUAGCAACAGCCACAGACACGAAAAUUAAAGAAAACCAGCAGCUGCGAUAAUGCUUGUAAAGAAAACCAUGAGAUUUUGAUGUUAUAUCGUACCAUCAAUAUCGCUCGCAUGAGCGCCAGAUCCUUCAUCUUUUAUCUUCCACCAUCCAUCCCAUUUUCCCCAUUUUCGUCCUACUCGCUUCCCAUUUCCUCAACCUUUGUUUAUUUUGGGUCCGUUGUCAAUAUUCAUAGCGGUGUAUUCUUUUUCCUAUAUUUGCUUGGUUUCCCUUUUCCUUUGUUUUCCUUCCCAAAUUAAGUUGUACGUAGUAGAAACGGACGGAUAAGGUGUGAAAGUAGGACGUUUUAAUUGAUGGGCUUAAAAAAAAAAAAAAAAAAAAGGCUCAACGUCCAAAAGCGACAUAAGAGAAGAGGGGGAAACGAAAACGAUUAUACAAAAACGCAUUGCUGUGGAUUGGCUGGUUGAAUUGGGAUGGGGGUUAGCAUGGGAUGGGAUUGAGAUUGAGCUGUUGAGAAGAGAGAGGAGAGGAUAUGUUGAUACCAGACAUGGUGCGAAAACUAACUAACGGGUUGGGGCUAAGUAAAUGGGAUGAUAUGAUGACUCUAGGAUGGAUGCUGAGAUGAAAUCAUGCAAAAUGAAUAUUUUGGACAUUUUGACGAUUAUUUGAGAAAUUUUUUCUACUGAUGGUGGGUGGUUGCUUUGGGGAAUUUUUCCUUACUUUUCAUUAUUGAUAUUGCUGGUGUUUGUUUCACUUGUUGGUGGUUGAUAGGUGGUGUUAUCCAUGGAUCCUUGCGAGGCGAUCUGUGUGAUCGGAUCAAGAUUGCUCUAUACGCGAAUUAGUUUCAUACUCAAGAAACGAGCCUAGUCCUCUCAUCCUUAUUAUGAAGGAUUAAUAUCUUUUUUACAUGAUUUGAUCGAUGGCUUGACUUAUAACUACCAGAUGCAUUUAACAUAUAAAAUCCUAGCGACGACUCUCCAAUAACACCCACCCUAACAGGCUACGAGAAGGGAGAAUCUCAUCCUCAACCGCUGAGGGGCUUCUACAGUAUCUCUGCUGGUCCGUCGUAUAGACAGAAAGGAAGGAAAUAAAGCUUCUCACACGUUCCCUUCAGCAUUCUUUCCCAAUCUGCACUAUAUUAGGCCAUCUGAAACCCUGAAUUUGAACGUGAUAUCAUGGAAAUAGUUCAGCAGCAUUACUUAUCUAUGAACAUAAUUCUUUUAUAGAUCAUAACUUCUUUUGGAGAGCCGGGGGGGCGGUAGAACACGGUUGCGUAUAUCUUGACUCACACGGGGAACAAACAACCUGAACCAUAUGAGAAAUUAGAAUCAACAUGCUAGCAUAAAUGAAAAGAUAAUGUGGCUGUCAAAGAAAGACAAUUGAUUGUGUUCACCUAGGGAAUUGUAAGAGUUGCGAGACCGUAGGGAGACCAAUAGGGAGAAGAACGCUGUCCAUUCCAUGUAUGAUAAUGAUGUUUGUGAAGCUGUGGUUCUACGCUAUAGGGCCACCAAUCAUUUUACCCGAAUUUAUAACUCGGCACGCUAGAUCAUUAUAGGAAAUUGUGCCGUCCAAGCCCUAACUUAUUUCUUCCCGAUAUAAAACUUGCCUGUCCUGUCUACGGAGUAGUUACUCCGUACACAGUAGUAAGAACGGAGCAGGUCAACCAACCACCGGGUUCGGUUCAGGUCAAAUACGGCGCCCUUGUUACAAGGUUGUUGUUGUCCAGCCGGAGUCUAUUAUGAUUCUCCAUUUUUGGUGACCCAGUCUAAAAAACUUCAUUGACAUGGCUUAUGAUCAAUACGCGCGCUGAUUUCGACGCUCCUCCCUUUCCCCCACCUCCUCUCCUCCCCGGGCCAAAAUGGCGGGGACGAGGAUGCAUGGAG